GUAUUGCCAGUUCACCUCCGACUGCGGUGUGCGGUAGUGUUCCCAACAUUUUGGGCGUGUAUAUAAGCGUCGCCGCUAUUUCAAACUAGUUUUCGGAAAAUCGUCGAUUUGUGUCCGUUUGCAACAAAUUCCUACCUCCACGACGGAUAUAAUGGAAUAAUAAACUCAAUCGCUAACAUAAGAUGGACGGUACGAGCGGUCACGGUUCUACAGGGGCGCUCUCCAGCAGUGUGGACAGCAUAACCGGACACACGAUGCACCACUCGCUGUCCACACCGGCCGGUGUAGAUUCGGGUGCUCGUACGCCACCAGCCACUCCAAAAAAGGGUGGGAAAAUGCUCGCCAUUCGGGUGCAGAUGCUCGACGAUACGCAUACAAUCUUCCAAGUACAGGCCAAAGCAUUGGGCAGCGUAUUAUUCGAGCAAGUAUGUAAACAGUUGCACCUGUUGGAAGCGGACUACUUUGGUCUUGAAUACUCCGAUACCAAUGCUACGAAGUAUUGGCUGGACCUUCAAAAACCAAUUUCCAGGCAGUUAGGUCUAUCUUUAGUCGAUCCUUUAUUAUUUUUCUGCGUUAAGUUUUACACACCCGACCCCGCUCAACUUGAAGAAGAAUAUACCCGAUAUUUAUUCUGCUUACAAGUUAAAAGGGAUUUAGCGCAAGGAAUUAUGCAGUGCAAUGAAAAUACGGCAGCUUUAAUGGCAAGUUAUAUCGUGCAAGCGGAAUGUGGAGAUUUUGUUCCAGAAGACUACCCAGAUCACACCUACUUAUCUAGUUAUAAAUUUGUACCUCAACAAGACCACGAAAUGGAAAAAAAGAUUAUGGAAAAUCAUAAAAAGCAUGCAGGUCAAUCACCAGCCGAAGCAGAUUUAAAUUUACUCGAAACAGCCAGAAGGUGCGAAUUAUAUGGAAUCAAAAUGCACCAGGCCAAGGACCACGAGAAUGUUUCCUUAAAUUUAGCAGUUGCUCAUAUGGGCAUUAUAGUUUUCCAGAAUUAUACGAAAAUUAAUACGUUCUCCUGGGCGAAAAUUAGGAAAAUCUCAUUCAAAAGGAAACGAUUUUUAAUCAAACUGCAUCCGGAAGGAUAUGGCUAUUACAAAGAUACGGUAGAAUUCUUUUUUGAAGGCCGAAAUGAAUGUAAAAAUUUUUGGAAAAAGUGUGUAGAAAAUCAUGGUUUCUUUAGAUGUUCAUCGGUAAAGACUGUUUCAAGGCAUAAAACAAGGGUACUUUCGAGAGGUAGUUCGUUUAGGUAUAGCGGCAAAACGCAGAAGCAAGUUGUAGAGUUCGUCAGAGAUAAUUACGUCAAAAGGCAGACUUUCCAAAGGUCUCACUCUUUCCGGCAUUCGAGUGCGCACUCGAGUGCCUCCAACAUGCACACGAGCGCGGUCGGGAACAGCAUUUCCGCGCACCCCCUCCUCCCUUUGGCUGACAGCAGUUUGAGUGUGGAAGCGUCCAAGCUCUCAGCGUCCCUGGGCUCGAUGGGCGCAGUUCCGGCAUCGGAUGGGUCGCGGCGCCCGGCUUCUCCGACGACGAGAUCAGCCUCUCGCCCCCUAGGCACAGCUACGUCCUGGAGCUCGGCACCAGACACCACCAGUACCAGUACCAGACCCAGUGUUAUGGUACCGCGGCCGCCGGCUGUUGUUCCGACGACGAGCUCGCCUUCUCCGACGGAGACGCGAUCGGUCUCGGGCGAGAGUUCGGAGACCGCGAGCCCACUGGCCUCGCCCCGUCGCACCCAGGCCACGCCCACAGGAGCCACAGCCAAUCGGAAGCCUGCGUCACCGCUCGCCGUUCGCGCGGCUGUCCACAGAGCAGACACAGAUGACAUACCUUACCAUCAAACACCAGAUCCGAUACUCGUUAACAACAAUUUGUACACUUCCACGCCUACGUCCAAGACUGUUAAUGGGAACAUUUCGAAUUUAUCUCUCGAUGCUACAAACGGCAAUUAUGUGAUAUCGAAUAGGGUUGAUGAAAGCCCGAACAAAAAUUACCAAAACGAACGAUUUAUGAAUAGUAUCAAUGAUUCAAAAACAACAAACAAUAGCACAAAUACUACCACGAUUAUCGCUGAUAUAGAAAACGAUGUUAAGAAAAUAAAAAGCAGACAUUUAGUGGAUAAAACUUAUUACAUUGCCAAAGAAAUUCUUAUGACAGAGUUGACUUACAAAAAAGAUCUGGACGUAAUCAACAUUUGGUUUAGAGACGAAGUUAGUAAAGAAGAACCCGAAGAGUGCUCUAUUUUACUCUCACUGAUUGCACCGUUGGCACAAGCUCAUAGUUUGUUGGUUCGAGAUUUAGAACAAAGGUUACAUGGUUGGGAUGGCAGAGGAGGACCAAAAGCUACAGCCGGAAGAAUAGCUGACGUUCUUCUGGCUCAUUUGCCACCAUUAUUACCUAUAUAUGAAGAAUAUCUUGAUGGGCACAUAUUAGUGUUAGAAAGGCUAGACGAAUCCUUUAAGAAAAAUGCCAAAUUUGAGCAACUGUACAGAGAAUUCGAGACACAAAAAGUAUGCUAUUUACCUCUUACCACGUUCGUUCUAAAACCCUUACACAGGUUACUUCAAUACCAAUCUUUACUUGAACGGCUCCUCAAUCACUACGGCCCAAAUCAUCCCGACAGGUCCGAUUGUCUGACAGCUAGUGAUACGCUGAAAGAUCUUAUGAUACCAGUUAAAGAAACUCUCGAACACUCGGAGAAUUUGGCUACACUCUGCGAGUUACAGAGAGAUAUUGUUGGUUUUGAUAAUCUAGUACAUCCGGGUAGGAAAUUUAUUAGGCACGGAUGUCUGCUUAAACUAUCUAGGAAAGGAUACCAACCACGAAUGUUCUUUUUGUUUUCGGAUAUACUGCUGUACACUUCCCGAUCCCAGGUGACAUUACAAUUUAAAGUGCAUGGUCAUAUGCCCCUUAGGGGUGUCUUAAUAGAAGAACCCGAAGGAGAAUUGGCAAUUAAUGGUCUUAUAAUUUACGGCGGGACUAGAGCUCUGACUGUGGCCGCCAGCUCGCCAGAAGAAAAGGACAGAUGGAAGCAAGAUUUAUUGACAGCUAUACAGCAAGCCAGGGACAAGCUCGAUACCAAAAUCACUUAUUUGAGCCUAAAAAGUUGCAGCUCAUCAGAUGAACACGUCGAACAAGUUAGUAAUGAAGCAAGUACUCAAACGAAACCCCAAGCCCAGAGAAGUAAUACAACCGUCCAUGUUUGUUGGCAUCGUAGCACCAGUAUCAGCAUGAAAGAUGAAUUACUUGCUGUAGAGAAUCAACUUUCCGGCUAUUUGCUCCGAAAAUUUAAAAGCACGAACGGGUGGCAAAAGCUCUGGGUAGUGUUUACAUCAUUUUGCCUAUUUUUUUACAAAGCCUGCAUGGACGAUUUUCCGCUAGCAUCGUUGCCUUUGUUAGGAUACAGUGUUGGACCACCUUCAACAGAGGACCAAAUAGGAAAAGACUAUGUGUUUAAAUUGCAAUACAAAAAUCAUGUGUAUUUCUUCAGAGCAGAAUCGGAAUAUACUUAUAACAGAUGGAUAGAAGUGAUAAAUAGUGCUACCCAAUCUAAAUCCAAGAGACCAAUUUUUAACGAGUCCAUGGAAAUCAUCACCAUUGCACGCCCCGACUGAUCGUUUCCAGUUACAUUCUUAAUUUACACCUUAAAAUCAAAUAGUAACUAAGUCAUUAGGACUUUAAACAGAUGUAUUUACUAAGAAAGUAUUAAAAAGCAGCAUUUAACUUUGAAAAUCAAUCAUUCCUAGAAUUAAAUAUAUUGUGCCUUAUUUUAUUAAAACUUGUAUAUACUGUAUAGUACUAAAUUGGUAUUUUUAUGGUUUUAUCUUAUUAACAUGGUAUUUAUUUAUAAUUGAUUACUAUAAGUAGUAAAAUAAUUGACGGAACUUGUGAUUCAAAUAAAAUCAAUAAAGAUAUAUUUUUAAA